AUGUCUCUUUUUAAGAAAGCGCAGACAGCUGUCGCGCACAACUCGACGUUCUCUACGUUCGGCAACAGUGACCUGAAGGACCUGCAGGAACUGAUCCAUUCCGAGAAGCUCUUUGUCAGUGCGAAUGCCAAGGCUUCGGGCGAGAUCCAGAAGAGCGCCGACUCGCUCCGUACGUGGGGCAGUGGCGAGGGAGAUGACAUGGAGGAUGUGCUCCCCAAGAUCGCCCUGCUGUACGAGCACUUUAGCAAGGCGGAGCUGCGCUUUAACUACUUUGUGAACACGAUGCGCCUGCAUCUCAAGUCGAUUCGCUCGCGCGAGGAGUCGUACGCGGGCAUGAAGCAGCGCAAGCGCCAGCUCGCUUCGAAGAUCGAAGGCGUGGAGCGCCGCCUGGCCAAGAUGGGCCCCGAGAACAAGGAGCUCGCCAAGGUGACGAGCAGCCUGCGUGAGAUGCGCAGCGAUAUGGAGGUUCUCCGAAACGAGAUGACGCAUGAGGAGGCUGCGCUCGGCGACUUUAAGCGCCGUACGGUUGUCGAGGCCCUGAACCUCAAGAGCGGCGGUAUGAUGGAGCUCGGCGAGAAGUGCAUCGUCAUUGCCGAGACUACGCGUCUGCUCAGCGAAGAGAUUCCCGUCGUGGCCACGGUUCCUGGCCAGGGCCGCCAGCCCUAUCGCAACGAAGCACGCACGGACCGCCUGCUUCAGGAGGCCAUCCGCCAGCUCGACUCGAUCCACUUCCAGCCCCGCCAGGACAGCGAGGCGCUGAGCCGCAACUAUAGCUCGCCUACGCUGCCCAAGCACAAGGAGUCAACCGGUGCAUCCCUCAUUGCUGCGGCUGCCGGUGAGAGCCGCACGCAGCGGCCCCAGGGCCACGGCCGCUCCACGUCGGCGCUCUCUGCCGACUCGGCGCUGCCUGCGGACGACACGAGCCGCGGCUCGCAGGGCUGGACCGCCCCGGGUCUCGGCGGUGUGCCCGCGCAGGACGCACACGCCGCCGGCCUGCCCACGGUCGUCGAGAGCGAGGACCCCCGCGACUAUGCUCAGGACUACGACGACGAGUACGCCCCUGAGUACGCCCCUGAGUACGCCGAGGGAUACGAGCAGGACGCGUACGGCGAUGCGCUCCGCUCUGAGCAGCAGAGCCGUACGAGCGGCUACGAGCCCGAGCCGCUCCACGAGGCCGACGCGUAUCCCGAGCCGAGCGCCUUCCCCGAGCCCAUCGCGGAGGAGGACGAGGCGUACGCGGCGCAGCCCGAGUACCACCCCAACUACGAUAUGGACUACGGCUACCCCACGGACGCCAUCCCCUCGUUCCCCCCGCCCCCCCCUGCGAACGGCCUGUACGCCUCGGCGACGCCCAACUCGCGCGGCUCGCCGCUUGAGGAUCUCGGCGAAGGCAACCGCGCCUACUUUGAAGGUGUCGGCAGCACCAAGGCGCUGCAGGCUGCCGCGGCGCGCACCGGCAGCAACUUCCCCCGCAUCGACCACCUCGAUAUGAACCGCACACCGGGCAUGUUUGCCACCGACGAGUCGAGCGGCCGCAGCCUGUCGCCCUCGGCGCUGCGCCCGCUGGGCCACACCUCGCCCCAGGCGAUGCCGUCGCCCCGCCUCGGCGAAGGCAACUACCAGCCGAUGUCGCCGACCGUCUCGGAGCCCCACGCUCCCCGCAUCACGGCGGGCCCCGCUGCGGCCAAGGCGCCGAGCCCUCCGACGAGCGCUGUGCCGAGCUUUUCGCCCCACGCCGCGACACAGGCGCCGCAGAGCUUUGCGCCGCAGAGCUUUGCGCCGCAGGCCGCGCCGCAGAGCUUCGCGCCGCAGGCCGCGCCGGCCUACUCGCAGGCGCCUCCCCCCAUUACUGCGCCGAACCCCGCGCGGUAUGCGGCCUCGCCGCCGGCCACGUCGCCGCUGCCGACCGCCGCGCCAGUGUUCUCUACGGCCUCGCUAUACACGCCGCACGAGCCCACGCCGAGCUACCAAGAGGCCGCGCCGCAGUACGAGGCGCCUGCCCGUGCGGCUGAGCCUGUGACGACGCACACGACCACCGCGCCUGCUGCGCCCGUGACGACGCAUACGGGUGCGGCGCCCGCGGCGCCCGCGAUGUCGCAUACGGGUGCUGCGCCCGCUGUCCAGGUGGGUGCCUACCUUCCCUAUGUCGCCGACUCUGCCCCUACCGCGUAG